AUGCCUGGAUCCGAUAAAGAAAACGACGGCCAUGCGCACAUCGAAGUCCCUAGUGACAGCGACAAGCCUUCACCGCGCCCAGAUGGCGAGUCAAGCCCUGGCCUCAGGAACAGCAAGGGUUGGGAUGGCAAGCUUCGCAUGCCAAAGUCAGCUUCCAUGACAAACCCAGAGGCUCUCACCGAUUCUGACUACUCCGACGAUGAGAAUGUCAUGAAGGGAGAGCAGAUCGACGCUGAUGAGGGUAUGUGCUGCACAUCAGCUUACAAAGAGGGACAGUUUGGACUAACACGUGCAGAUCUCCUUGAUGACGAAGAUCCCGAGACGGACGAAAUUAUGUGUUCGCACUCUCGAAUCGCUUCGAUUUCCUCUCUACGCCUCGAACGCUUCAAGAAUGUUUCCCGUAUCUGCCUCCGCCAAAACAGCAUCGAGCAAAUCGACGGCCUAUCCGCCCUAGCCGAGACCCUCGAAGACCUAGACCUCUACGACAACCUCAUUUCGCACAUUCGCGGCCUCGACGAGCUAACAAACCUUACAAGUCUCGAUCUGAGCUUCAACAAAAUCAAGCAUAUCAAGCACAUCAACCACUUGACAAAACUCAAGGAAUUAUACCUUGUCGCCAACAAGAUUGGCAAAAUCGAGGGGCUGGAGGGGUUGGAUAAGUUGACAUCUCUUGAGCUUGGAUCGAACCGCAUUCGCGAAAUCAAGAAUCUCGACUCUCUGAAGGCGAUCGAAGAGCUUUGGUUGGCCAAGAACAAGAUUACUGAGCUCACUGGUCUCGGUGGUAUGCCUAACCUUCGACUACUGAGCAUUCAGUCCAACCGUAUACGCGAUUUGUCACCACUCAAGGACGUCCCUACGCUUGAAGAGCUAUACAUUUCACACAACAUGUUGGAAUCUCUAGAGGGUCUGGAGCACAACCCCAAGCUACAUGUGCUGGAUAUCUCAAACAACAAGAUCACCAGCAUCAAGGGUCUCGAGUCACUUGCCGAGCUGGAAGAGUUGUGGGCCAGCUAUAAUCUCAUUGGCGAUUAUAAGGAGGUUGCCAAAUAUCUUGCUGAUAAGAAAGAAUUGACGACGGUGUAUUUUGAAGGAAACCCGCUGCAACUGCAGGAACCUGUGGCAUAUAGGAACAGGAUCCGAAUGACCUUGCCGCAGGUCAAACAGAUUGAUGCCACAUUUGUUCGAACAUGA